GCUCCGCGCACUCCUACUACAACAAAGUUGUCUGAACUGAACUUUUUAUUCCUGUAACCUAUUUGUCACGGCCUAGGCCCGAUAGUAGUUUUAAGCAAAGAGUAACUGUGCAAUUAAGAUGAUUUUAUUGACCAUGUUUGCCCGAGUGUCUGACGGGCUGCCGCUGGCCGCGUCUAUUCAAGAAAAUGAACAGUACGAGAGAGACCUCCAGCAGUACCAGACUCAGGCCAAGCAGCUUUUUCGCAGACUGAAUGCUCAGAGUCCAGACCGGUGCACUCUAGAGGCUGGAAACCUUAACUUUCAUUAUUUAAUUGCAGAGGGUGUGUGUUAUCUGUGCCUUUGCGAGCCUUCAUUCCCAAAAAAGGUGGCUUUUGGAUAUCUCGAUGACCUCCACAGUGAGUUCUUUGAUCAGUAUGGAAGGAGGGUGAGCACAGUCACUAGACCUUAUGCGUUUAUCGAGUUUGACAAUUAUAUCCAAAAAGCAAAGAAGAUGUAUGUUGAUGGCAGGGCAAGGAGAAACCUGGGCAACAUCAACACAGAGUUGCAGGACGUACAGAGAAUAAUGGUUGCCAAUAUUGAGGAAGUUCUGCAUCGUGGAGAAGCCCUUUCUGUCCUAGAUACAAAGGCCAGCAAUUUGUCUUCAUUAGCGAAGAAGUAUCAGAGUGAUGCCAAGUACCUCAACACUCGUUCCACUUAUGCAAAGUUUGCUGCAGUCGCUGUGGUCCUUCUGACACUCAUCAUCUAUGUGCGCUUCUGGUGGCUCUGAUAUGAACUCAAUCAAGGAUUUAAACACUGAGUUUUCUAAAUGAUCCAUUU